UCACCAACUUAUAUUCCUACAUAACAAACACAACUUAUUAAAUACCACACUUCCUUUCAAUCAACACAUCAUCAUACUCCCCCCUCUCUAACUAACAUCACAAUCUCUCCCUCCCUCUCUCUCUACUAGAUUCCCCGCAACAAGCGAAACCCUAAGUCGUCUGAUUUCAGUUGUUCAAUCUUCAUCAAACGACUUGCAUAUAAACUCAAACAAACCGAUAUUAAAAACUUGGCUAGAUUUCAAUCGUCUGACCGUCAGACGAUUGAGAUUUGCAAUUGCAUAAACUCGCAAUUGCAUAAGAUCCACUUUGCACUUUCCACUUUCUUUCCAUCUACAACAACUUUGGUCUCAACAAAGAUCCUAGUACAAGCAACAAAGCCACCAUCCUACAAAAGUACUAAACUUUCUUCAACAAUACUCUCCUUUACUUAUUAGAUAGAGAUGAAAGUGAAAGCAUUGAGUAUCUUUAAAUCCAAGUUUCUCAAACCAUGCAAAAAACUAAUCUUUUUCUUCAAACUCAAACCCAAGAAACUUGUAUUUAAACGAGCUCUCAGAAAAUCUAAAUCCAAGAAACCCUCUUCCCCAUCGAAACCAAUGUCUUCUUUCUUAUCUGUGUUUUGUUCUCCGAAGAAAUCCAAAGACUAUGUCACAUUGCCAAGCCUCAAGAGUCCCUCCAACGUGCAUGAAACUCCAAUCUUUCCAUCACCACUUACGCCAGCUCGUGUAAGGACAAACAAAAAGGAAGCUUCGAAAAGUGAAGCUUCAAGCGAAGAAGUGGAAGAUGCAUGCAGGAGUUUCGAGAACUAUUUGGCGGAAAUGAUCGUGGAAGAAGGGAAGCCUAAGGAUUUGAUGGAUGUUGAAGAACUUCUAUAUUGUUGGAAGAAUCUUAAGUGUCCUGUCUUCAUUGGUUUAGUUUCUAGAUUUUAUGGUGAGCUUUGCAAGGACCUGUUUUCUCCAGAUAAUGAGGAAUAUGACAAGCUUAAGAAGUAAGGAGACAAUAUAAAUAGAUUAUCACUUAAAAAAGAAUACUUUUUACACAAGUUUUCAGUUUUGCAGUUGCAAGAAAUUGGAAGUAAGCAAAUUUUUUUAGAAUAAGGUUUGUAAGGAACAUUUUUUUAGAAUGAGUUUAGUAAUGUGGUUCUGUACUGGAUUUAAUUUAUACACACUGACAGUGUAAUUUUUUGUUACAGUACAAUGCAUCCAAUCAAAUCACGUCAA